UUUCCUCUUCCACUUGCAAUCAAAUUUUCAUUGUGUAUAUAAAAACAACUUUCCAGAGGAAAUUUUUUAAUAUUUGACAUAUAUUCUAAAACACACUGAAUCAGACAAACAUAUAUAAUUUAGGUACGUAUAUGGUGAAUCAGUCCAAGAACAAGUUGAGCAUGAAGACCAAGUAUGGAGCAGCAGUUGCACCUGUAUUCAUCCUUGCUGGUGCAUACGUCGCUUGGAACUACAUAAAUCGUGGUUUAUGGAGAAAGAAAGAUGAUAAAAGUGGUCGAGAUAUUAGCAGAAAAAAGAUUGGUAAAAGCGUUGGAGAACAAAAAGGAGAUGAUAAGGUGAAAAGCUUUGGUAAGGAGGCUUCUUCAGCAAGAGAUAAGAAAAGUCUCUCAAGAUCUGUUUCAGUGGGGGCUAUUCGAGGAGGAAAAUUAGCAUUGCAGAGGUUACUUGAUUUGCACUCAUAUCGAGCUGAUACUUCUUCACUUGCCAAUGCUGAGAUUGAGUUUGAAGCAUUACUUUCCGAGGAACAUCCUGACUUUGGGAUGCUUCAGAGAGACAUUGUGAAGAUGGAAAUGAGUGGAAAAGAAGCAAAAGGAGUGGAGAUAUUAAAGAAAGCACUAGAGAAAGCAAGAAAGGAAAGGAAAGGUCAUGAGGCUUAUGAGAUUGAGAUGUUGCUUGUUGAGAUGUUGAUCUACUUGGGUAACAUGGAUGAGGCUAAAAGAUGUAAGUGUCUAGAGGAUGAAGUCAUUACAGAUGCAAGACGUCCUCUUUACCAGACUAUAAUCCAUUACCUUCGAGGUGAUCCUAUGAAGCAAGUCGAGGAGACAUUCAACAAGUUCAAAGAGAUUCAAAUUAGUCUACAAUGGCCUGGUAGCUCAGAAGAAUGUGAGAUUGAACAAAUCACAUUCCAUGAGUUCAAGAAAGUGAUGGAGUCUCUCAAGCUAGAAAUCGAAGAUGGAAACAAAAGAAGAUCGACGUUAAUCAAAGAUAAAACGACGGAAGCUAGACCUCAAUAAUUUCAAAAAAAUGGUUUUAUAUAUUAACCAAGAUUUAAAUACAUAAAUAAUGAUACUCUUGAUAUAAUAUAUCAAACUAGAUUUAGACCUAUGCUACAGCACGGGUUGAAAUACAUCUUAUUAUUUUUAAAAUAUUAUAUAUGUAAUUGUUUAUAAUAUUAUUUGGAUGCAACUCAUGCAAACAA